GUUUACUCCUUGAGACCCGUCGCUGCCACCCCCCUCAUCGAACACUUUACAGGAAUUGAGAAUGGAAUUCCUCCAACGCUUCACCUCGAGAGAGGUCCAAUUUAAGAAACUUCCGUCGGGGGAGGAUUCCCUUGGGGACGAUGACCUCAAUAUUACCCCGUCAAAAAAACACAGGUAUCACAAUUACAUUUCACCGUGCUAUGUUCAUCUGAUUCUUUUGACGUUCAAUGUUUUUCUAUCAUUAUUCAUCAUGAUGAAAAACCAAUCGGACAAUUAUGUGGCCUCACCUGCAAGCGAGGCUAUAACCUAUGAAAACAUAUACUUCAAUGCAUCGUUGAAAAUCGAGAGUCCUUUCACCGGGGAACCUCGUCCAGAACUUGAUCAGGCUUGGUCUGACCUACUUCAAUAUUCUAGCAUUGCAGUAUCUGGAGACGACCUCAGCCGACUGAAUAAGACUUCAAUUCCGAUUCCCGGAGCCAAAGAUUCUUACUGGGUAGACCUUAGCGUUACCCAUGAACUGCAUUGCAUUAAAAGACUCUACCAAUUCUUCCACAGGGAUUACUACUUUCCAGAUCUUUCGCCUGAAGAUGAGGAGCUGAACUACAUGCAUACGGAUCACUGCUUGGAAAUUCUGCGACAAGCAUCAAUGUGCCAUGGAGAUAUUUCUCUGAUACCAAUGCACUGGAAUGAAUUCUCUCCCAUUCCUGAGGCCGAUUUCUCGGUUCCACAUAAGUGUGUUAACUGGGAGAAACUACGAACAUGGACUCGUAUGAAUUCUGUUGAUGUGAUGAGGCCAAACUUUUUGAAGCAUCCGUCGCUAGGUCCCUCAUUUCCUGACGGUAGCAACCAUGGGGUCGGCGUCGAACACAAACAUUCCUCUGGAGCCAGAUAAGGGCUGCUCAGGCUUUAUAAGUAGGCAUUGUUGGACAUGGCAGUUGCUUUCACUUUCUAUGUAGUGUCAGUCGAUACACUGUUGCGGAUGAACCUAUUCGCAACUAGAUUGAAUUAUGUUGGAUAACCAUGAAAUGAAAAUGUUAUAAG